AUGUAUACUGACAUUCAUCAAAAACCUUUUGCUGAACGAACACUUUUGCUCGUGCCAAUAACAUCAAAGUCACGGAUAAUGGUCACUACUCAUUUAAACACGCUCGUGCUCUUAUCAAACAACACCGCAGAUGUCAGAGGUCAUGAUUUCUAUCUCACUACGGAGAACCACAACACAAUGCUUGCAUGGAAGAAAGCAUUCGAAAGGCAAAUUGAUGACUGCGCAAUAUGGGGUAAUUUUGCCUAUCGCGCUACGAAACUGACGUCAGAAGAGCCCACCGAUCCCGUGAAGGAAACUCUUAGCCGAGCUGAAGGAAGUCGAUUGUACGACAAGAUCAGUAUAGAAGAUAAAUUUUAG